AUGAAUGCCAUUCUUCUCGCUUGUAGUGCCCUUGCGAGCAUAGCACUGGGCCUCUCUGCGGACGAAUGGCGUAGCCAAUCAAUCUAUUUCUUGCUUACAGAUCGCUUUGCAUUGACUGAUAAUUCGACCACGACUUCAUGUGAUGUUAAUCUGUACUGUGGCGGCAGCUGGCAGGGAGUCAUCAACCAUCUCGAUUAUAUCCAGGGCAUGGGCUUUACAGCUCUCUGGAUAACACCGGUGACCGAGAAUUUCUUGGGCGAUACUCUCGAUGGUGAAUCUUACCAUGGUUACUGGCAGCAGAAUGCUUACGAGGUCAAUACUCAGUAUGGUAGCGCUGAAGAUUUGAUCGCACUUUCCGACGCACUUCAUGACCGGGGUAUGUACCUUAUGGUUGACAUUGUGGUCAACAACAUGGCAUACGAUGGAGCCGGCACCGAUGUCGACUACAGCAUUUUCAAUCCCUUCCCAGCCGAGGAAUACUAUCAUCCCUACUGUCUGAUCACCAACUACAACAACCAGACCAAUGUCGAAGACUGCUGGGAAGGAGACACUAUUGUCUCUCUACCUGAUCUGAACACCACGCAAACAUAUGUGAUGGAUACCUGGAAUGAGUGGGUUGCUGCAUUUGUAGCGAACUACUCCAUUGACGGGCUUCGUAUCGACUCUGCAGCGCAUAUGCAAAAGGGUUUCUUCCCAGAUUUCCAGUCUUCAUCAGGUGUUUACUGUAUCGGAGAAGUUGAUGACGGCGAUCCUGCAUAUGUAUGUCCGUAUCAGGAUUACAUGAAUGGAGUUUUGAACUACCCAAUGUACUAUCAACUGCUUUAUGCCUUUGAAUCCUCCAGCGGCAGCAUCAGCGACCUCUAUAACAUGAUUAAUGAUGUCGCUUCGGACUGCACAGACACCUCAUUAUUGGGCAACUUCAUUGAGAAUCACGACAAUCCCAGAUUCGCCUAUUAUACCAGCGAUUACUCGGAGGCCAAGAACGUCAUUUCAUUUAUAUUUCUGUCGGACGGCAUUCCCAUAUUGUACUAUGGGCAAGAGCAGCACUUUGAUGGCGGAGACGUCCCUGACAAUCGCGAAGCUCUCUGGCCGACAGACUACUCAACAACCGCCGAGCUAUACACACAUACCGCGAAGACAAAUGAAAUUCGUACUCUGGCCAUGACCGUUGACACGGGCUACUUGACUUAUCAGAACUCCCCAAUAUACCAAGAUUCCAACACCAUCGCCAUGCGUAAAGGGACAUCAGACCUGCAAGUCAUCACCGUCUUAUCCAACCUCGGAGCUGACGGCGAGGAAUAUACACUCACACUCAGUGGAAGCGGCUACUCGUCCGGCACCUCAUUGACCGAGGUAUACACAUGCACCAACGUAACCGUCGAUUCCAGUGGUGACAUCGCCGUGCCCAUGGCCUCUGGAGAGCCACGAGUAUUCUUCCCAGCAUCGUCAGUCUCCGGCAGCGGACUAUGCAAUACAACCACUACCACCAACAGCACUACGGGUUGUACGCCCGCGACCACCAUCGCCGUCACUUUCAACGAAGUGGUGACCACAACGUAUGGCGAGGAAGUCUAUCUUGCAGGCUCGAUCAGCGCGCUCGGAUCCUGGGAUACUAGCGAUGCCGUCCUCCUGUCUGCAAGUGAAUAUACAGCCUCCGAUCCGCUCUGGACUGUCACUGUCGACCUCCCCGUCGGCGAGUCUUUCGAGUAUAAAUUCAUCAUUAUAGAGACCAGCGGCACUAUCAAGUGGGAAAGCGACCCGAAUCGCAGCUAUACGGUGCCUACUGGGUGUGCGUACGGCGAAGCCAGUCCUUGGAUCUGA